CCGGCGGGCGGUGGGGCCGCGCCCCGCCCCGCGCCCGCAGCAGCCCCGAGCAGCCGAGCGGAACCGGACCGAGCCCGGCCGAACCGGACCGAGCGGCGCCGGGCGGAGCCGAUCCGCGCCGCGCCGGGCAGCGCCAUGGGGCUGCUGGAGCGGCUGCGGAAGGAGUGGUUCAUCCUUGGCAUCGUGCUGGUCAUCGCUGUGGCGCGGCUGGAGCCCGGCGUCGGCGUCAAAGGCGGACCUCUGAAACCAGAAAUUACCAUAACUUACAUUGCUGUUUCAGCUAUAUUCUUUAACAGUGGACUCUCCUUAAAAACUGAGGAGCUGACAAGUGCUUUGAUGCAUGUGAAACUACACCUUUUUGUCCAGAUUUUUACACUUGUGUUCUUCCCAACAGCAAUAUGGGUCUUUCUUCAGCUGUUAUCAAUCACACCUAUAAAUGAAUGGCUUUUAAAAGGCUUGCAGACAGUGGGCUGCAUGCCACCUCCUGUGUCUUCUGCUGUAAUUUUAACCAAAGCUGUUGGUGGGAAUGAGGCAGCUGCUAUAUUUAAUUCCGCUUUUGGAAGUUUUUUGGGCAUUGUUAUAACUCCACUUCUGCUUUUGCUUUUUCUUGGAUCCUCCUCCUCUGUGCCUUUUACAUCCAUAUUCUCGCAGCUGUUUAUGACUGUUGUAGUCCCUCUUAUUAUUGGACAGAUUGUCCGAAGAUACAUCAAGGACUGGCUUGAAAGGAAGAAGCCUCCAUUUGGUGCUAUCAGCAGCUGUGUGCUCCUGAUGAUCAUCUACACAACGUUCUGCGAUACUUUUGCCAAUCCAAAUAUUGACCUGGAUAAAUUUAGCUUGAUUAUAAUUGUGUUCAUAAUAUUUUCUGUUCAGAUGAGCUUCAUGUUUUUGACUUUCCUCUUCUCCACAAGGAAUAACUCUACUUUCACACCAGCAGACACAGUGGCUAUCGUUUUCUGUUCCACCCACAAAUCCCUCACCCUGGGGAUUCCCAUGCUGAAGAUAGUAUUUGCAGGUUAUGAAUAUCUGUCCUUAAUUUCCGUCCCUUUGCUCAUCUAUCAUCCUGCUCAGAUCCUUCUUGGCAGUCUGUUGGUACCAACGAUAAAAUCCUGGAUGGUUUCUAGGCAAAAGGCACUGAAAUUAACCAGGCAGCCCAAAGCACCCGUGAAAGUAUAAUUGUGGAGAUGGCCUGUGUCACAGUGAAUGUAUAUAUGUACUAUACUGUACACACGGACAAUUGACACAGCUGGGUUUUGUGAAUGUUGCUUUAGUGCAUAUUUUAUUUUUUUAUAUAUAUCUAUCUAUAUAUAUAUAUAUUAAAAGAUACCUAUUAAGUGCCUUA